UGAUACUUAUUCCAUUUAUAUAGAGCUGUAUCAAAGCGCUAUUCAGAGAGUUUAUUAGUGUUACUGCUGCAGCCGUCGGUAUCGGUUAAUUGCUCAGUAUCAAGCAAAUUAAUUUCCUAAAUAAAAUGACAGUGUUUACAAAGAAAGAUGUGCAAGAAGAUAGUGUAAAAGGAUUAGAUAAGUUCGGAAAAUAUCAACUCGUGCAAUACUUUUGGCUGUGUCUACCACUCUUCACCGUAUCCAUGAUGCACGUUAACUAUGUUUUUAUAGCAGAGCAUACAGAAUACAGAUGCAUUGUACCUGAAUGUGAAAAUAGAAACGCAUCUAUUCAGGUGCCUGAAUGGUGGCCAACAGAUGUGGAUGCACAAUGUGAAAGGCCAAUUUUUUACCCAGAUUACAACACAUCUGAUCAAAUAUGUAAAAAUACGUCAAUUUUCAAUUUCGUCGCAAAAUGUGAUCAAUGGAUUUAUGAAAACGACAAUUCAAUCAUUUCUACCUUUAACCUUGCAUGUCAAUCAUGGAAAGCAACAUUGGUCGGGACUAUACAUAAUGCAGGAAUGAUGUUGUCGAUGGUGACGACUGGAUGGAUUUCGGAUAAGGUUGGGAGAAAGCCUGCAAUGAUUUUCUGCUCUUUCGGUGGAUUCGUUGGAGUGUUUAAAAUUUUCGCUACAAAUUUUAAUGUUUAUUUAGCAAUAGAGUUCUUGGAGUCAUUUAUAGCGUCGGGACUUUAUAAUGUUGGGGUAAUUUUAUUGAUUGAAAUUGGAGGAGAAUCAAAAAGAGUUACAGCUGGGGUACUGUUUUCAUAUGCUGUGUAUUUAGGAGAAGUAGUAUUUGCAGCAAUAUCCAUGGGUUUCAAAUACUGGAAGCACGUCAUGUUAGCCAUAUAUUCACCUAUGGUUCUUUAUAUAAGCUACAUAUUUAUAUUGAAAGAAAGUACCAGGUGGCAAAUGAUUCGUGGUAAAAUGGGUGAAGCAAAAUCUACGUUCAAGUUAAUAGCAAGAAUGAAUAAAGUUAAUAUUUCUGAUGAUGAAAUCGAUGUGAUGAGCGACGAAGACAUGAGAUCGAAGUUCAAUGUAGAGCUACAAAAAGAGAAGGAGAAUUUUAAAGAUAUAAUUGGAUCAAAAGCAAUAGUGACAAGGCUGGUUGUUACUGCCAUUUGCUUUUUCACAUCGAGUUUCUUAUACUACGGCUUAGUGGUUAAUGCCAUUUAUUUGCCAGGGGAUAAAUAUGUGAACUUUAUUUUGGCGUCAGUGACGUCGUUCCCUGGAGAUCUGAUAGCAUUCUAUUGUUUGAAUAAGUUUGGUCGAAGAAUCACUUUGCAGUGUGGCUAUUUAACUUGCGCAGUAUUUUUGAUUGCACAAACCUACACCCCUGAACAUAUAAUUUGGCUCAAAGUGCUUUUAUUUUUAAUUGGUAAGCUCGGUGUAGUGAUUUGCUUCACUUCUAUCUACACCUAUGCCAUGGAAUUAUUUCCUACAAGCGUCCGUGGGUCUUUGUUCGGAUUCGGAAACACAGUAGCAAGGGUGGGUGGCAUGUUGGCACCACUUACACCAUUAUUGACUGCACAAUUUACAGCGUUGCCCACGAUACUUUUUGCAGUAACAUCAGUUCUAUCGGCGUUCGCGACUUCUUUUACUCCAGAAACAAAAUAUUUACCAUUGUUCGACACAAUCGCACAAAUCAAUGCUUACAAAACAGCAGAAUCAGAUGUUAAUACUCACUUAUAGUGGAUUGAUACCUAACCCUUUCAUAAAGGGCAUGUUUUAAUAUAAAUUCAUAGUAAAGUUAAGGAUAUUUUUUACUAUUAAAAUGAACUUAAAAGACCCAUGAUUUGUGAAAAUAUUUUGCUAUGUAAAUAUUUUAUGCUUUUCAGUAUUAAUCAUUUACUCGCAAUUUGUAUCAAUCAAGUAAGGUUGUAUUAUUGACAAACUUAGAAAUUAUUACAGUUACAUUAUACCUAUUUUCUUGAUCUCGAUUUACAUUGUAUUUUGAAAGCAUUUAUUUAGGUAAUAAAAAGAAAGAUUCGAAAAACACAAAUGUUUUUUAUAGAUAUUCUUUCAACCGGUUAGUUGGUACCUAUGCAUUGUGUCUUUAAGUGCCUUUUUUCUAUCCGCGUGCGUGUAGCCCGUGUAAUAGGAAAACCAUGUUGAAAAUAAAUGGGGGCAGCCCGCAUUGCGGACCAAAUCCGCACGCGUGCCGAAAUCCGCAUCACAGAAAAAGGGUAAUUAGGUACUCUACUAAGUCUAAGAUGUGGAAUUUAUUUUUAAAAGUCAUUCAAUCUAACUUCCUAACUCACUUAUUUGUACAGUUUGCGGGCCAUUUAUUUAUUGAUGCGGUUUUCGAUUAUUUGUACAGGUUUCCAGCAACUUAUUAAUAAAUAGCUUUAUCAUACUAUUUGUAGGUACAACUCGUAGUAGGCUAAGUAUUUUAAAUUUUUCAGAGAAUAUUUUUAGUUGAUAGAAACUUUGGUAGAACAGUGCCUUUUCUUUUUAAUGAUGGUACAAACGACUAAGAAGGACUAUGGUAACUAGUAAUCAUACAGUUUGUUUUUCAGUAAUGGAAUUUAAAUGAAUAUAACUAAAUCUAUCGUUGGUCCUCUGCUUAGAACCUACGCUCAGAUAUUUGUGUAGCGACAACACGGCCGUGUAUAUGUUACGGCUAAAGAUAGGUAUGAACAUAAACUUAAGAUUAGCCGGCUAAACUUAAGUUUAUCUUCGAGAAGCA